AUGAUCGCCCAAAAUAUUAUCGCCGCCUUUAUUGGUCUUGCAGUUGGUGUCAAGGCCGGCCCAUGCAAGCCCUCGCCAGUAACAACCACGACUGGCACUGCGUCUACCGAUUUCACCUCGAUAACCAGCAUCGCCACUUCUGGAGAGCCAACAACCACCACCACCACCACCGAAGCUGCUACUACCACCACCAGCCCGGGCGAAUAUGUCUGCCUCAAGGACCCUGCUCCGGUUGGCAAGGGCUGUAAUGCCCAGGGUGGUGGCCAAGGUGACCUGCAAACAAUGGGCAACGCGAACACGUUGACGCUGGCCUCCUGCUACAAGUCUUGUCUGGACAGGCCUGGGUGUAUUGCAAUCUCCCUGCAGCCUGGUUUGUGGUGCGCACUGUGGGCUGGAUCAUUCACCGGUACCAGUGGUGGUGAAUCGCCUUGGUCUUGGUACGACAUGGACUGCUUCUGUGACGAGUCUUCAAGCACCACAAGUGGCUUGGCUACCGGGACGACAGCCACCGAAGCUACAACUAGCGAACUUACAACUUCAUCUGUCGAACUCACUUUAACCACAGAGACUGCUCCUGCUACAACCACUACCACUGCGCCAAGCUAUUCCUGCGUCAACAAUGAAAAGCAACCACUUCCAGCCGGUAAGCCCUGUAACAAAGCAGGCAACGCCAAUCAGAACAGCGAUUUGAAUGUCAUGUACAAUCUCCAUGGCGCCAAAACAGUGUCAUCGUGCAGAGAGGCCUGUCUAAAUGCAAAUGGCUGUAGCGCAUUUAACUUGAAACCUGGUAGCGAAUGCUGGUUAUAUUCAGGCACUCUUGAUGGUGUCAUUGAGAGUGAAUCGGAAUAUUAUUGGUGGAGCUUGGACGACUGCUUCUGCGACGAGUCUUCAACCACGACAAGCGGCGCGGCUACCGAACUGACAGCUUCAUCCGUCGAACCAACAUCAAUCACAGAGACCGCUCCUGCUACAACCACUACCACUGCUCCAGGCGAGUCCUGCAUUAGCAAUGAGAAGAACCCCGCCCCAUCUGAUAAGGUCUGCAACAAGCGCGGCUACUACAACGGGAACUCCAGGACCUUUCUGGACAGUCCAGCCGGUGUCAUAACUAUGGAGUCCUGCCGCAACGCUUGUCAUGAAAACAACCAAUGUGCUUUCUUUGCCGUCACUCCUGGUCAAUCUUGCUACAUAUAUGCCGGGACCCUUGGUGUCGAAAUUGAUCAACAGAUGCCAUACAUAUGGUAUGACAUGGACUGCUUCUGCGACUUGGAUGAGCCUGACUACUGA